AUGCAAGAGAGAGGCGUAGGCAACCCAUGGACCGCAGAGGAAGAUAGACUGCUUACGCAGGCCGUCGCCAUCCACGGCGAGGUCGACAACUGGAAGACAGUAGCACUGUCAGUGCCUGGUCGGACGAACAAGGCUUGUAGGAAGCGCUGGCUUCACUCGCUCUCGCCGAAUGUGAAGAAGACAGCGUGGACAGCAGAAGAGGACCAACUGCUCUUGUCUCUAUAUGCGAUACAUGGGACGAAAUGGGCCGUGAUCGCCCGCAACAUAGCUGGGCGCACGGACGACGCUUGCUCGAAACGCUACCGCGAAGCCUUAGACCCGUCUUUGAAACGCGACGAUUGGACGUCGGAGGAGGACGGAAAGCUCCUGCACGCAUAUACGCGGCUGGGUGGCAAGUGGGGGCUCAUAGGCCAAGAGCUGAACAGAAGUGGCCUGGCAUGUCGUAAUAGGUGGCGAAUGAUGGAAAGGAAGAAGUCCGCUGGUGCUCGUCAAACCGAGCCUGUCGGCGCAUCGACAAGCCUCCCAGCCCCUGCACAGGCUCAAGAACAACAACCCCUUCAAUGGCAGCCUGAGGUGACCCAGACUGUCGAUCCAUUCUGGGAGGCCUCGCUAGUACCCCCAUCAUCCAUGCCGGCCCAAUUCUCGACUCCAGACGCACAAGUCAAUCGCGCGGAGCAUUUCUGUGCAUGCCCCUUCCACUCCGAGCCGGGCGGCCUCCACAGAAACCAUUUUCAAGGGAACCAUGACUUUCAGUUUGGUCCUCUGGCUAUGCCGCUGUCUCAGCAAGACAAUGCGGCCGUUGAUUCUCAGCAUCAAUCGCCGUAUAGCUACGACCCUACUCAGUUCCCUACUGACCUUGAUGCGGCAUUCGAUGCUCCCAUGCAGUCAGAACCCCAAAGAUCUGCGCUGACCCUUGACAAUCCGUCAAAUGCCUUCUUUGACAUGUCCUACGUUGCGGAUGCCGGCGAGAACAACAGGAUUGUGCCUUCAACGGAGCAUGUGCCAUCGAAUGAACAGCCGUUUAGUCAAAUUCCUUCGAAUGUCGAUCUAAGUGCCGGGGAAGGAGUGUCCAACAAAGAUCCGAGCUCCACUGCCCUUGAGGAAAUUGCUGGCCCAUCAUCGGCCGGCUCGACACCAUCCCCUCCUCAUGCCGCAGGUCAGGAGCCAGUGGACCCGCCGAAACCGGACGAGACGAGACCUAGAACGAGCUACUACCGUACUCCGGAGGAGAAGGCCAAGAUGGCGGCCCCUUCACGGCGCCGCCAUCGUACAAGUCCGCCUACUCGGCUAUCCUCUACCUUACCCGCCACAGCAGACCCCUCCGUACUUGCCUACGCUUGCGGACAUCCUUGCUGUUGGCCGGAGCAUGCGUCACCUAGCAGCGCGUGCUACGCGACGUCUAAGGAACUCAGCGACCAUAACAAGACGCGCCACGCCGAGGACCUUGGUGGGAGUACACCAUUCAGAUGCGGCCUCACGGGGUGCAAAAAGAGCUGGAAGAGUAUCAACGGGCUGCAAUACCAUCUGCAGGUAUCCAAGGCCCAUUUCCAACAGGCCCUCGCGUCAAGCCAGCCCGGCAACACUGGGUCAGCCGAGGUAGAAAUGUCGAUAUCGGCAGGUGUCUCCGACGGCGACGAGAGCCAACCAAAGCCCCGGAAAACCUACUCUUGCCCACAGUCCGGGUGCCGCAACCAAUACAAGCAGCUCAGCGGUCUGCGCUAUCACCUCGCCCAUGGUCAUCCCUCGGAACUUCCUGUCCAACUUGACACUGUCCCCCCUUCGCUCGCUCGGAAAGUAGCAGAGAAGAUGCAGCGGAAAGAGUCCACCGCUGCGGGAUGACGCAUGGCGCUUCGGUGUAUCGCCCAGUGAAGAGCUGUUGACGUCGCAGAGCACUGUCGCUGCUCCCAGGCACUGCACGCGGCCUCCAAACCGUCGCCGACUCACCGACCACAAUGCACCUGCCGCUUCAUACACUCGAUGCAGAGCUUGAGCAAUCAACGCUGUCUCGAUAGAUGCAGAAGACGUCCGAUGCACUGGUCUCUUCAGCGUCUACCCUUGGCGUCCAAUCGACGCAUUGCAUGACGGCAGUGGGGACGCAUCAGCUAGAAGGAACGAGCCAGAUCGCAGAGCAGGUCUACUUACUCCUCGGAUGCCAUGGAUCACUCUCGUCCACCGCUGGAGCGUUUCACGGUGCGGAAGGCAAACGGAGCACGAGUAGAUGCGUAUAUAUUUGUGCACCGAGCCUGUAGUACAUAGCGCCGAUCACGAAGUCGAUUCAUGGGGGUCAUUAUGCUCAUUAGUCGCGA